CCAACAACAAAACAGCGAUGCCAGGGCGCUAACGGCGCCCGGUGCCUCCCGGGCUGCCUCCCCGCCCCACACCUCCUCUGGCCGCCGCCCCCGCCCCCCCUAUCCCGGGCCGAGGGCCCCCCCCACUAACCCGGCCGCGAGCUCCGAGCGCGAUCGGCAACAAUGUUUACGUUCCGGGGAUUAUGACGUCGACGCCUCCCCCCCCCACCCCACACAACUGCUGAAAAUGGUUUCCUAGGACUUUGCAAACGGAUCUGCCUAAGUGUUGGUGCAAAACUUUGUAGAUCUCGGCUCUGGCUUGCUUUAUUUAUUUAUUUUUCGGUUUGUUUUCUUUGGUCUUCCCUCCUUCCCCCCUCGGCUAAAAUGCAGGGGGCAGGAGCGUUGACAAUUAAUUGGUGAACUCUCCUAAAAAAAUGGAGGCAGAGAAAGACUCUGGAAGAAGAUUGCGCCCCAUUGACCGCCAGGGAUACGACGAGAACGAGGACCUGUCGGACGUGGAGGAGAUCGUCAGCGUCCGCGGCUUCAGCCUGGAGGAGAAGCUGCGCAGCCAGCUGUACCAGGGGGACUUCGUGCACGCCAUGGAGGGCAAAGAUUUCAACUAUGAAUACGUACAGAGAGAAGCUCUCAGAGUUCCGCUGAUAUUUCGAGAAAAGGAUGGACUGGGAAUUAAGAUGCCUGACCCUGACUUCACAGUCCGAGACGUCAAACUCCUGGUGGGGAGCCGGCGGCUGGUGGACGUGAUGGACGUGAACACCCAGAAGGGCACGGAGAUGAGCAUGUCCCAGUUCGUGCGUUACUACGAGACGCCCGAGGCUCAGCGGGACAAGCUGUACAACGUCAUUAGCCUCGAGUUCAGCCACACCAAGCUGGAGCACUUGGUCAAACGUCCGACUGUGGUAGACCUGGUGGACUGGGUGGACAACAUGUGGCCCCAGCAUCUGAAGGAAAAGCAGACGGAAGCCACGAAUGCCAUUGCAGAGAUGAAGUACCCGAAAGUGAAGAAGUACUGUCUGAUGAGCGUGAAAGGUUGUUUCACUGACUUCCACAUCGAUUUUGGAGGCACUUCCGUUUGGUACCAUGUUUUCCGGGGUGGGAAGAUCUUCUGGCUGAUUCCUCCAACCCUGCACAAUUUGGCGCUCUAUGAGGAGUGGGUGCUGUCAGGCAAACAGAGUGACAUCUUUCUGGGAGACCGUGUGGAACGAUGCCAAAGAAUUGAGCUGAAACAGGGCUACACAUUUUUCAUCCCUUCCGGUUGGAUCCAUGCGGUCUACACCCCCGUAGACUCUCUGGUGUUCGGCGGAAACAUCCUGCACAGCUUCAACGUGCCCAUGCAGCUGCGCAUCUACGAGAUCGAGGACAGAACACGGGUGCAGCCCAAAUUCCGUUACCCUUUCUACUAUGAGAUGUGCUGGUAUGUCUUGGAGAGAUAUGUGUACUGUGUGACCCAGCGCUCCUACCUCACUCAGGAGUACCAGAGAGAAUCCAUGCUUGUUGAUGCCCCGAGAAAGCCCAGCGUAGACGGCUUCUCAUCCGAUUCCUGGCUGGAGAUGGAGGAGGAGUCAUGUGAGCAGCAGCCCCAGGAGGAAGAGGAGGAGCAGGAGGAGGAGGAAGGGGAGGGUGCGGACAAGGCACCCAAGCCGCCCGCCGAUGGCCCCGUCUCGCCCACCAGCACCCCCUCUGAGGACCUGGAGGCCCCCGGGAAGAAGCCCAAAGCACCUGCCAUGCGGUUCCUCAAGAGGACUUUGUCUAAUGAGUCGGAGGAGAGCGUGAAGUCCACCGCGAUGCCCAUAGACUACCCCAAGACUCCCACUGGCUCUCCCGCCACAGAGGUUGCUGCCAAAUGGACCCACCUCACUGAGUUUGAACUGAAGGGCCUGAAAGCUCUGGUGGAGAAACUCGAAUCCCUCCCAGAGAACAAGAAGUGUGUCCCUGAGGGCAUCGAGGACCCCCAGGCACUCCUGGAGGGCGUGAAGAACGUCCUGAAGGAGCAUGCAGAUGAUGACCCCAGUCUGGCCAUCACUGGGGUCCCCGUGGUCACUUGGCCAAAGAAGACUCCAAAGAACCGGGCUGUGGGUCGGCCCAAGGGGAAGCUGGGCCCGACCUCCGCGGUGAAGUUGGCCGCCAACCGGACAACGGCAGGAGCUCGCCGGCGCCGGACGCGAUGCCGCAAGUGCGAGGCCUGCCUGCGGACCGAGUGCGGAGAGUGCCACUUCUGCAAGGACAUGAAGAAAUUCGGGGGCCCCGGGAGGAUGAAGCAAAGCUGCAUCAUGCGGCAGUGCAUCGCGCCAGUGCUGCCCCACACCGCUGUGUGCCUCGUGUGUGGCGAGGCGGGGAAGGAAGACACAGUGGAAGAGGAAGAAGGCAAGUUUAACCUCAUGCUCAUGGAGUGCUCCAUCUGCAAUGAAAUCAUCCACCCUGGAUGCCUUAAGAUUAAGGAGUCAGAGGGUGUGGUCAACGACGAGCUUCCAAACUGCUGGGAGUGUCCGAAGUGUAACCACGCAGGCAAGACCGGGAAACAAAAGCGUGGCCCUGGCUUUAAGUACGCCUCAAAUCUGCCCGGCUCCCUGCUCAAGGAGCAGAAGAUGAACCGGGACAUCAAGGACGGGCAGGAGCCUGCCAAGCGGAGGGGUGAGUGUGAGGAGGCUCCCCGGCGCAGGUCGGAUGAGCACCCCAAGAAGGUGCCCCCGGACGGCAUCCUGCGCAGAAAGUCUGACGACGUGCACCUGAGGAGGAAGCGGAAAUAUGAGAAGCCCCAAGAGCUGAGUGGCCGGAAGCGACUAAAACCUGGCAAAGAAGAUAAGCUUUUCAGGAAAAAGCGGCGCUCCUGGAAGAACGCGGAGGACCGGAUGGCACUGGCCAACAAGCCCCUCCGGCGCUUCAAGCAGGAACCAGAGGACGAUCUGCCUGAGGCGCCCCCCAAGGCCAGGGAGAGCGACCACUCACGCUCCAGCUCACCCACGGCCGGGCCCAGCACCGAGGGGGCCGAGGGGCCGGAGGAGAAGAAGAAGGUGAAGAUGCGCCGGAAACGGCGGCUUCCCAACAAGGAGCUGAGCAAGGAGCUGAGCAAGGAGCUCAACCACGAGAUCCAGAAGACGGAGAGCAGCCUGGCCAACGAGAACCACCAGCCCAUCAAGUCGGAGCCCGAGAGCGAGAACGAGGAGCCCAAGCGGCCCCUGGGCCUCUGCGAGCGCCCCCACCGCUUCAGCAAGGGGCUCAACGGCACCCCCCGGGAGCUGCGGCACCAGCUGGGGCCUGGCCUGCGCAGCCCACCCCGUGUCAUCUCCCGGCCCCCGCCCUCCGUGUCCCCGCCCAAGUGCAUCCAGAUGGAGCGCCAUGUGAUCCGGCCACCCCCCAUCAGCCCCCCGCCCGACUCGCUGCCCCUGGAUGAUGGGGCAGCCCACGUCAUGCACAGGGAGGUGUGGAUGGCCGUCUUCAGCUACCUCAGCCACCAAGACCUGUGUGUCUGCAUGCGGGUCUGCAGGACCUGGAACCGCUGGUGCUGCGAUAAGCGGUUGUGGACCCGCAUUGACUUGAACCACUGCAAGUCCAUCACGCCCCUGAUGCUGAGCGGCAUCAUCCGGCGGCAGCCCGUCUCCCUCGACCUCAGCUGGACCAACAUCUCCAAGAAGCAGCUGAGCUGGCUCAUCAACCGCUUGCCUGGGCUCCGAGACUUGGUGCUGUCGGGCUGCUCAUGGAUUGCGGUCUCGGCCCUCUGUAGCUCCAGUUGUCCUUUGCUCCGAACCCUGGAUGUCCAGUGGGUGGAAGGACUAAAGGAUGCCCAGAUGCGGGAUCUCCUGUCCCCACCCACGGAUAACAGGCCAGGUCAGAUGGACAAUCGGAGUAAGCUCCGGAACAUUGUAGAGCUGCGCCUGGCGGGCCUGGACAUCACAGACGCCUCCCUGCGGCUCAUCAUCCGCCACAUGCCCCUGCUGUCCAAGCUCCACCUGAGUUACUGUAACCACGUCACCGACCAGUCCAUCAACCUGCUCACUGCUGUUGGCACCACCACCCGAGACUCCUUAACUGAGAUCAACCUGUCAGACUGCAAUAAGGUCACUGAUCAGUGCCUGUCCUUCUUUAAACGCUGUGGAAACAUCUGUCACAUUGACCUGAGGUACUGCAAGCAAGUCACCAAGGCAGGCUGUGAGCAGUUCAUAGCCGAAAUGUCUUCUUUGCAAGGAGAAGCCAUUCAACCACCUGUUUUGGGGAUGAGUGAGCCGGACGCUUUCCUUUGGUCUUUCUGAAUCGUAAUUGCACUGCUUUCUGGACCAUUUCUAAGGCGGCCUUUACAAGAAGACAUUCCCGUCAGAGAGGAGGGUGGACUUUGGAGAAAUUCUCUUAUCGAAGCGUGAGCUUAGGAGCUUUUGUUGGUGGUGGUGUUGUUUUGGACACCUCAUUCCUUGCAACUUCAAGGUUUUUGGUGUCUACGUAAAGUGGACCACACACCACCUCUGCUGCCGUCUUGACACUUUCUUUUUUUGUUUGUUUGGUUUUGUUACAUCUUACAUUAUGCAGAACUAUUUUUGUACAAAUUGUUUAAAAGUUAUUUAUGCAAGGUUUGAAUGCAUACCAGUGUUUUUAUUGUUUUGAGAUUGCCAAUUUUCCUGAUUUCCUUAAGGUAGGAGAGAACUUAACCUGUACUUCAUCGACACAACCAUCUACAAAUGUCCCAGAUCUGACAAAGCGGGCUGAGACCUUCCACUUAAAAGCAUGUUUAACUGGAAGUUGAGAGCCUUCUUUGUAUGUCAAGAAGUUACAUGAGCAUGUUGUGGAUAAAUGUAAAUUAUAGUCGAAGUAAGACACUUUGCCAAGUUUCCUCUAUAUAGAAUUCACUUUUCAAAAUUUCGACUUCAGCCUUUGCACUCAGGAGGGUUUGCUCCAGCAUGAGCUCUUAUACUCUACAUAGAUCUAAUUUAUACCGUGAGUCAAGAAGUAGAAUAAAUGCUCCCACAUAGCCUUUUUUUUACUUUUUUCUCUCCUUUGAAGUGUGAGUUGAGUUCUCAUUUAGGUUUGUAACAUGGCUAUUUCCUAGUUGUAAAGUUCUGCAUUUAUAAGUGCCAUUGUUGUAAGGUGGUGUUUCUUAGACCUUCCCUGCUGCGGUUUUACCUUUGUUGAAUUUGUAUAAACAAUUGUACAAAAAAAACCACUCUUGAACUUUGAGGGUUUUUGUUCUAGGAGUGGACUAGA